UUGGGGGGAAAGUUUGUAACGGACAACUAGAGACAUCUCCUUGAUGGUCUGUAGCUUUCUCAGGCUGGUUCAAAAGUAGACUAACUGCUCACAAUUGAGGGUGACCUUGUUUAUUAUUACCCGGGUCCUGAUUGGUCAACUUGUCUGGGACUCGUGGAGGAAUUAACUCUGUGCUGUGCAGGGUACCAAUCAAUCUCUUAACAUCAGGAAAGGACCCCUGGAAAGGCAGUAAUCUGAAGUCAUUCCACUGCUGCUGGGACCCACCAUGGAAUUUUGCUAACUUUCAAUGUAUUUCUGAGGCCAGCUCUUCAGUUGUUUCCUGUCCCCUUUGGGCCUCUUCUUUUAAUUCAUUUUCAUUCCCUCUGGAUCUAGAAAGACCUCUGGCAUGUGUUUCAAGCUGCAAGCCUGCCUGGAGAUCUCGGACAGCCAGGUAUUCAAGAAAUGGCCAGUGGAAUAUCGUUGGGACGAGGCUCCUCAUGAGAGCACGGUCACUCCCUGCUGCAGCCAGAGCACGGUCAACCCCGAUGGUAGUCUUCAACAGGGAUCCGUUGCUGCUCCAAGUGAAGGCACUGAAACCACUGAUAGGAGCAUCCUCCACACCAUAAAGCAUCACUCCGGCAAGUACGCCAGGUACGUUUUAGCUUGUUCGAUCGGCCGCUGGCUGCUGUACCCGGGCUCCGUGUGCCUCUUGAACAAAGUCCCGCUGUCUUUACUGGUGAACGGCCGGAUGCACCUGAUGGAGGAUUUUCAAGGCAAACGGGCCAAACUGAUCGCUCGGGACGGUAAUGAGAUUGAUACCAUGUUUGUGGACAGGAGGAGGAAGAGGAAUCUGCAAAACCGAGGAGCAAAGUUGGUGAUCUGUUGCGAAGGGAAUGGCAGCUUCUACGAAGUAGGCUGUGUUUUCACUCCACUGAAGGCUGGCUACUCCGUCCUGGGGUGGAACCAUCCGGGGUUUGCCAGGAGCACAGGGAAGCCCUACCCACAGAACGACCUCAAUGCUAUGGAGGUCGUUAUCCAGUACGCCAUACACCGCCUGCAUUUCAGUCUGUCGCAUAUUGUCAUCUACGGCUAUUCUUUAGGGAGUUACACGGCGUCAUGGGCUGGGAUGACGUAUCCAGAUUUGGGGGGUUUGGUUCUGGACGCCCCCUUUGACAGCUUACUCCCGCUGGCAAGCCGAGUGGUUACAAAGAGCUGGAAGAAGCUGGUGCUACAGACGAUCCUCGAGCACUUCAACCUCAACGUGGCGGAAAUGCUGUGCCAAUACCCGGGGCCGGUGCUGCUGAUCCGGAGGACCUUUGACGAAAUCACCAGCACCCAGUUCAGUUCGGAGACCGGGCUCCCCGUCAUCAGGACGAAUCGAGCCAACGAGCUGCUUCUACGGCUCUUGAGGUCCCGUUACCCUGAUAUCAUCUUCGGGGAGGAAGAAGCCGUGGGCCACUGGCUCACGGCCGACUGCCCGGAGCUGGAAGCCCUCAUCUACAACUACUUCUAUAAGGUCGAUGAGAAAUGGUGCCUCUCUAAGCUCGAGAGCUACAAAUCCACCCUUGGACCUGACUGUGCUUUCCCGUGGAAAGUUGGGAGGAACCUCCCUCCCAACAGGAAGACCCAGAUGGCUUUGUUUUUGGCCAAGAAGCACCUGAAGAACGUAGAGACCACCCAUGGAACAAAUUUACUACCAGAGGAAUUUGAGAUACCCUGGAAGCUCUAGCAGAGGUGGUUGGGGGAGAUGGCCGUUUGGUUGCAGAAAAAUGAGAGAGAGAAAUAAAAGCU